UCUAUCAUCAGUUCCUCGAUAGCCAUGUCCUCCGCCGCAAUGGCGGGGCCGGGUGCGACACGCCCAUCUCUCUCUCAGUUGGUGGCCGCACAUACUUCCCAAAACCGGAGUAUAUGGCGCUGUGCCCGCAGCCAUCAUACCAACCGUGACAAGAUGGAACGCGUCGCUCGGACCAUCGACAAAUACCAGCGUCACCCGCAGGCCAACCUCCGCCGUAAGGCGGAAGCCCGCAAUGAUUGGCCCUCCACUUCCCACAGAGGCCCCGGCAGCGGUUGCGGUUGGGGUUGGGGCAUGUCACGGUCUCGGUUCAGCUUCUCUGAACUCUCGGCGGGCCGAGAGAAGAGCUUCUGGAAGGCCGAGCACGAGCGGAUGAACCAUCGCAUCGCCCACUUGAAGAAGCACAUCGACAAAGACCCCUACGGUGCAAUAUUCGGCCGUCGACUUGAUUCCACUCCCUAUAUUGGCCAGUGUGAUACUGCUGCUACCUGGCCGGGCUUCCUGCGAACCUUCCUGGGUGCUGAGAAGCCGAUGACUGAUCACCCCUCGAAGGCCCACCUCCAGGACUUCAAUUUCAUUCGGUCUCCUGCCCAGUCUACCUUAGCUGAAAGCCGGGAUGCUCCUGAAUUUGACCCUAUUAGUGGCCGCAUGGCCCCCAAAGCACCAAAGCAUGAAGCCCAAAGCGAGAGCACGAUGCAGGCCUCCGAUGUUGUCGUUGACUGUCCACCGGGAAGUGAAGUCGAGGCCAAGCUCGCCUCCAAUCCAUCAAUAGUUGAUGACGGCCAGUUCCAGCUGGGCAGUAUUUCCGCUGCUAAGCGGAGCAAGUUGGACACGCAGACCAUUGAGUGCCCAAGUGCUGACACGGGUCGUCUUAACCCCCGUCGGAAUGUCGAGUGUGCUCCUGGUAACGAGAUCGAGGCUUUGUUCACUGCCAAGCCUGCUGCUCGCAAUGACCAGAGCCGCCCACUGGAGGCAUUUGGAUCUCCUUCCUCUAUUAAUAUCUCCGUCGAUUGCCCACCAGGUAGUGAAUUGGAGGCUAAAUUUACCUCUGAACUCAGCCUGGGUUCUCAGACCAACAAAGAGGCAGCGAGUAUCGACUACGGUCCUGGUAGCGAGCUCGAGGCAAAAAUCGUUGCCGAGACAACUCGUGCCCAACAGUCUGACGCAACGAUCAGCUGCUCGCCGGGAAGUGAGCCGGAGGCCCUGUUUGCCGCCAAGCCAGCUAUUGUCACGGCCACCCACUACCCGCGUGCCCCCCUUGCCGAUGAUGGCGAGGCCAAGAAGGAUAACAUAAUCGUUGACCGUGGCCCCGGUAAUGAGCUCGAGGUGAAGCUAGUCCCUGAUGCCGCCAGCGCUGAAAUGCGCGGCGAGAGUGACGAGCUGAGUGCCCUGCAAGCAAGUGACAUUCGGGCUCGCUAUGCUUCGCUGAAAAGUGAGGAUGGCCCUGGUACUCAAUCCGGUGCAGCCGAGGAUAUGGAGUUAGAUGCUUCUGAGGACCGUGCCGGCGAGAUCCUGCAGAGCCAGAAGCCUUCUGUUGGUGCUCAACCGUGGUCGUCAGCAGAGUACCGUAUCCUGGCUUAUGAUUCCUCGGCAUCUACGAUCACUACUGCUGAGGCAGGCUCCUUCUUCGGCUCUAGCGAGACCACUCAACCCCACAAGAUCCUUUCCCGCCUCCAUAACCCGGCCAAGUUUGUGCCCUACUUUGCGCAGAUGGAGCAAGAUGGCUACGACAUCGCGACCGGCGGUGGUGAUAUCCUGGUUUUCAAACGAUCCAUCAAUGCCCCAAAGUACACCUCUGCUACUACAGAGCAGGAUUCCGCGCCUCCUCAGGUCAAUGCGGAAAUCACCAAGUACCAGUGCCAUGACUCUUAUGACUCAACUGUCUCCGCCCGCACUGACCACCCGUCCUCCACCGUCAAGCCCUCGGCAUCCUCCAGUAGCAGCUCCAGCUCAGAAUCGAUCCAUGAAUCGGAUUCGUCAUCUGUCAAGCCCAAGUCCGAAUCCUCCUUCCGCAAGGUUUUUCGCAGAAUGAUCCUCACCGGCACCAUCGCCGCAGCAUCAUGCUACGCCAUGGGCGUCGUGACAGAGUAUUUCCGCACAGGCGGACAAGACGGGCUCGGCGCGGAUGCCUUCACGGCCUUUGAGUCGGAGCGGCGUCGGCGGGAGUAG